AUGGCACUAGGUUAUCGCUUUCAAAUGGAGAAAUGGUUGGAGGUAUUGGGUUGUGGGGUGACAGAGCAGGAAAUAUUAAAGAGAAGCGGAAAAAUGGACAAUGUUGCCUGGGCAUUUGGACUUGGAUUGGAACGGUUAGCAAUGGUCCUGUUUGACAUACCAGAUAUACGACUUUUCUGGUCCAAUGACGAACGGUUCACUUCUCAAUUUUCCAAAGGUCAGCUUGGUGUGAAGUUCAAAACAUUUUCAAAGUAUCCUCCUUGUUACAAAGAUAUGAGUUUCUGGAUUAGUGAUUCAUUCACGGAAAAUAAUCUUUGUGAAGUUGUUAGAGGAAUCGCAGGUGAUCUUGUGGAGGAGGCAAAGUUGUCCUAUGAUCCUAUCUGUUUAAGAGGUAUACUCUUGGCUGUGGUGAUGGUUCAUGCCUUUAUGGAUCCAAGACAAGCGAUUUUUGGUUCUGCUAAAGCUUGGCUUGCCAAAAGCUCAUUUGUUUGCUCAUCUGAGCUGACCUUCAGCUCAAAAGUUUGGCUUGUUAUGUAA